GCGAGCGCGCGAGCGCUCCAUUUGUGAACUCCACCAGCUUCAUCGUAGAAAAAAUCUUUAUAAUGUCAACAGAAUGCGCUACUACGUUCGCAGGCGCUGCGUACGACACGGAAGAGCGCUGUCUCUCAUCGAUCGCGUCACCUUUGUGGUGCACAUGCGCGCAGUGUUCUCAGUGCCGGAACGCCAGUCUUUCGUGGUGCAUCGGUGCACCGGCAUCCAGCUGCUCUGUCUGUACAUCGGCGGAAGCAACAUAUGGCACAAGGAAGAGCUCACUCGUCGGCAUAGACGACAUAUCGUCUCUAUGUCUGAGGAGGAUCGCGGCGAUACCCAGGUCAAAGCGCCUCAGCAAGGCACGGAACCGAACUGGGGACGUUUCGGACUCAGCGGAUCCGAAGACACGGCUCAACAAAGAACAAUAUGCGACAGCCCUCAAAACGAACUCUUCCACGAAGACCUGCAGGCGAAAGGCAGCAAACCCUGGUGGUCCGCCAACUUCUUCGUGUCAGAGCCGGUCCUGUUCGGAACAUGGGACGGUGUAUUUACCACCUGUAUGAUCCAUCUGUUCAGCGUGAUUGUCUUUCUCCGUUCCGGAUGGAUCGUCGGCAACGCAGGAAUCGAGCACUCCGUCCUCAUCGUGGUGAGCACAGUGGUAGUGUGCACCGUCGCCGUGCUGUCAGGUAUCGGGGUGAGCCAACGCUGUCGCAUCGAAUCGGGUGGUGUCCAUGUCCUUGUGUCCCACAUCUUAGGAGCACGUAUCGGUGGAGCAGUAUCCCUGAUCUACUGCUUCGGGCAGGCGGUGAGUUGCGCGUUGCACGUGACAGGCUUUGCCGAGUCCAUGGGCCAGCUCCUUAAGAUAAACGACCAUUGGUUGGAGCGGGGAAUGGCAACAGGUCUUGUCCUUCUACUCCUUGGGAUCAACAUUGCGGGUGUUAAGUGGGUGGUGCGGCUGCAGUUCGCACUGCUCAUCAUCCUUCUCCUGGCGGCGCUGGACUUCGCUGUUGGGACAUUUAUUCGUUACGAUUACGAACACGGUGUGACGGGCUACCAUGUGGCGACGUUUGCCAACAACAGUGUCCCACAGUACGGCGCGCAAGAGAAUUGGUUUACCAUCUUCGGCGUCUUCUUUCCCUCAAUGACCGGCGUCUUCGCCGGUAUCAAUAUGAGUGACGACCUCAGGAAUCCUGUCCGGGACGUUCCAACAGGAACAAUGGCCGCUAUCGGGACAUGCCUGUUCCUGUACCUGGUGUUCGUGCUAGGGCUGGGCAGCACCUGCCAGCGCUGGGCUCUCAAGACUGACUACUUAAUUGCAGAGAAGGUUUCAGCAGUAGGAGUGAUGCUUCUUUCCGGCUUGUACAUCUCUUCAAUGUCUUCGUGCCUCGGAGCCCUGUACACGACGCCACGAAUCCUGCAGAGUAUGGCCAACGACGGCAUCUUACCUCACAUCCUUGGUUUGGGUAAAGGUCCCAAUCGGGUACCUGUUGUGUCCCUGGUGCUUUUCGCAUUGGUGAUCUUCGUGUUCGUGCUGGCUGGCAAGGUGAACACGCUGGCACCCAUCGUCACAAUUCCGUUCCUGUUGACAUACGCGGCUGUGGAGUACGCCUACUUCUCAAUGGCCAUGACGUACGACCAGCAGCGUCGCCGAGGAGAACGGUUCCGCCAGCAGGCGCCGGUCUUCUACGGGGAUUCCAAGCAGGAGUCGGGCCACUACCCUGGUUACGGUGCUGUCACUAGCGUUGGCAAGGCUAGCGACCUUGACCAGCUGUUCCCGGAGCGAGUCCACAGCCCAGGUGGUAAAGAAGGCAGCAGCGUGACGGAGUCCACGUCACCUGGCACACCCAUUGGCAGCAAAGGGUCCAGUAUGGGAGACAGCGACUCUACACUCAACGACAAGAGUUGUCUGCUUGGCAGAGGAGCAGGGCCGUGGCCCGAGAUUUCCAAGAAAUCGAAUGCCUGGUAUUCCAAGCUGUACAAUCGGUGGCUCGCGGUUCUAGGUAUUUUUGCGAAGUUAACCAUCAUGUUCCUCGUCCAGUGGGGCUACGCUUUAGCGGCUCUGACGACGCUAGUAUUAUUAUGGUUGUGCAUAGGACGAAUGAAGCCAGGUUCCUUUCCAGGGGUGACAGAGUUCAAGCUGCUACCGCGGUUGAAAAACUUGUGUCUUCGCUGCAUCGGGAGGAAACCAUCCAGCUAUGAACAAAUGGUGGUGGCCCCCAUGCAGCCAGAGGUGGAAACCACAGCUGCUCAAAUCACCGAAGAAAACGUGGACUACGCUUCGCGCGAGCGGUACCACCAGUCCACCUCGUCGCAGUUCCAGCACCUCGACAGCGACUGAACAAAUGUUCAUCGAUUGCAGGCUCGCACUGCCAGCACAGGCUGAUGACAAAGCCGAAUGUGUUCCUCCGACAUUUGUUUUCCUGGUCAUCUACACCAGCUUGGCUUUUCUAAAAAAGAAUUAGGCCGGUGGUGUUGCAAAUGGCCCUACUACGUGGGCCCCACAAAGUUAACGAGCUUGCUAUCCCCACCCUACAAGAACCCACGGUAAAACCUUGCCAACGGCACGUGUCAUUCGUGCUGGAAUACACACAACUUGCAUUCUUCCCAUCAAUAAGAAGACACCCUGAAACUUUUCCUAUCGGACGUAACAACUAACGCAGCUAACUCUUAGAACACCAGUUCUUACUCUCUGUAUUCAACCGCAGUAAACCUUAGUGGUUCUUCUGUAGCCCAGACCUCAGUGCAAAUGUUAAAAAAGUAUCCUUAUGGUGCAACUAAAACGAAUUUAUUUCUCUGACGGGAGAUGAAAAAACAAGAGCAUGUACUACCACCCGUGGCAGCAUGUCUGAUGGCUCACCCACUUUCCCUUCCAAACACAUUUCCUCCCCCCCUCAAGGAAACCACCAAACACUCAGGAGGGGAAUGGAAGCACAAACACCCCAACAGCCAUGUCGUCUUGUACAUCUGGCCACUACCAACAAUGAAUCAGUCAGGACGGAAUGUGCAUUUAGCAAACAAACGAUUCCUAAGUCAUCCCGUCACUGUUGUUAAACCCGUUUUUCUGUGUCACGCAGCAGCAACUCUGCAGGCGUGAACGACAAUAAAAGUUUUUGCCACA